UCGGGCCUAGGCGGGAAGGAAGAGGCGGAAAAGGCCCGGCUAGAGGGAGCGAGGAGGCGGCUGACGGAGCUGUGUGGUACGGAAAAAGGCGGAGGACGGCGGGUUCAGCAGUACAUCUUAGGCAUGGCAGACCACAAGAUCUCUCCUGGUCAGCAAGUGGCAGUCAUUUGGGAUCGCCACUCUUCCCCUGAGGCACUCCAGAAUUUUGUACAGAAUAUUCAGGCUGCUGUGGGAGCUGAAGGUCACGUAUCAGUAGAAAAUCUCAAUCAACUACUGCAAUCAUCCCACAGGGAGUCCAGUUUUGAUGUGGUACUUUCAGGUCUGACACCCGGCAGUUUGACAGUGCACAGUACAGAAAUUCUGGCUGAAAUAGCUCGGAUUGUCAAGCCGGGGGGGCGUGUCCUUUUGAAGGAAGUGGUAACAGCUGAAACAGGUAACAACAGCAGGCUCAAGGCAAUAACCAAGCUCCCCACAGCCCUGACACUCUCUGGAUUGGUGGAAGUGAAGGAGUUGCAGAAAGAGCCUUUAUCGCCUGAACACACACGGUCUCUCCAGAAGCAGCUAGGAUCUCAGUGCAAUGAACUCUUCUCUGUUGAGAUAGAAGGCAAGAAGCCCAACUUUGAAGUGGGAUCCUCAAGUCAACUCAAACUUUCUUUUGUCAAGAAACCUGUUCCGUCAGAAAAGCCGUCUGUGGAUCCUACUGCUGCAAAGCUCUGGACUCUUUCUGCCAGUGAUAUGAAUGAUGAGGACAUGGAUCUCCUGGAUUCAGAUGAGCUUCUGGAUUCUGAGGAUUUGAAGAAGCCAGAUCCUGCUUCCCUGAAAGCCCCUUCCUGCAAAGAAUCUGGAAAGAAGAAAGCCUGUAAGAACUGCACGUGUGGUCUUGCCGAAGAGCUGGAGAAGGAGAAGGAGAACUCGCAGCCAAAAUCAGCUUGUGGAAAUUGUUACCUGGGGGAUGCGUUCCGCUGUGCCAGCUGCCCUUAUCUUGGCAAGCCAGCUUUUAAACCUGGGGAGAAGAUCCUCCUGAACGAAAACAACCUGCAUGAUGCCUGAGAUGGGUGAUGAUACCAAAGCCUCUUUUUGGCCUGCAGCUGCUUGAUGGCAUUCAGGUGCCUUGCUCUGCUGGCAAAACUCAGACACAAAACUUCAGGCAGCCUGAAGACAGAUGGACAGCUGUAUGCAAAUAAGGGGAAACUCGCAUUCCAGACUAGCAUCCAUGUAGCAGAUACAUCAUCAAGAUACAGUUGUGAAUAUUAGUGGUUCUUAACCUAAGCACUGGCCAUUGUGACGUCCCUAGGCGACGGGGUUGUCUCUCUUUACUGGCAACGUGCCCUUUGUUUACCCAAGACCUCUAGAGCAGGCACCAAGGGCUGCUGUGCCUUGCUGAGCUGCCGUCCCAGGAUUUUUUGUGUGUGCGCCAAAUGCAGAACUGCAAAAGCAUAAUACUGAGACCACCAUAGGAGGAUCCAGAAUUAAAGUUGUGAGUAGAACCAUCUCCGUCCCACCUCUCAUUUCAGGGAAUAGACCAUCCCCGCUUAGCUGACGUUUUGAUUUCCACUGGUGAAAUAGCAGUGAAAGCCUAUCACACUGGGAAACUUACUGACCAGAAUAGCGUGAUGAUGAGUUUUUGAGGGAUGGUGCAGUCCCAUGCAGUUUUACUCUGGGCUAAGUCUGUUGGAAUCAAUGGGCCUAGGCCAGCCAUAAUUCUCCAUAUGAUACAUGCUUGGCACUAGUGGUAUUUUGCUGAAUAGUUGCCGAUGGCGGCUUCUUUAGAGUUAGUAUAAUUUUUUUAUUAUUCAGUAGUGGUAGCCCAGCAAUGGAUUCUUCGCAGCAGAAGGGAGUGGAGUUAAGCUCUUUUUUGUUGUUGUUGUUGUUGUUGUUGCUGCAAAAACAUUUUUUUUUUAAUUUUGCGUAGUACAAUUUGUCAUGGAGGGAAAAGCCAACUGUCCCUUUUAUGGUGCCUGGUUCUUGCAUGUUGCCACUAGGCAGGGGGCAGCCUGGGAAGCAGCUUGCUCGCUCAGGAGGGAAGCUCCAUAGCAUUCCUGUGUUAAAAAGGCAGCACCCUUUCUGCAGCCACCUCAGGAUUGGGCAAGGAAGUGCUCCUGGGCUUUUGGGGUCCAGAACCUUAAGAGCAGAUUGGGUACCUUGUCUGAGAGCCCAUGUGAGGUGUCUCCUCAAAGACUGCUGUCUGUGUGGAUGGGGCUGAUGUCCAGCACCUGUAAGUUCCUUUUUGGUUAGUACUUGUUCUCUUUUUAUUUACUUUAGCUUGUAACCUUUAGACUGUUUGCAUUGUACUCUAAGUUGAGGCUGUAGUAAAUGAAGUUGUUUGCAAUGAUUCUUUCUCGCACACCUGACUGCAAAGCCAGAGCUACCGAAAUCCUUCUUAGGGCAGUUGCUCCCCAAGUCAAGUGCCCUGGAACUGGGAGAGACUCCCAAGGAACAGGGAGGGCUAACAGUCAAUGGCAGUGGCAGCAAGAAGAGGGCCUUCCCCUACUUCAAGAGUGCUUUGCCAGUCUUCACAUGGAUGCUUGGUGUGCCACUGUAUUUGAAGUUGGCAGGGGUGGGUGGGGGGCAGACUGAAGAAUGCAGUAGGUUGACUGUAUCAGCUGCAUCCAUUGUAGCACUGUGAACUGACCGUGACUAUUCCAGAAUAAAAUUUUGUGUGAAAUCAA